UCCACGGACAAACCUAAGCCCGUGCGGAGAGAGAAAGAGGGAGGGAGGACGAGAGAGGAUGGAUGAUGAUGUGGAUAUGGUCUGAGGAGCGGCUCUUCCUCUCUUGAUGUUGUCUCACCUCCCCUGCGAAGCUGUGAAGCUUUUAUCCUGUUUCUUUAACAAGCCGCAGCAGUUGUUUGCGUCAUUUUUUCUGCAUUUUUAAAUAUCGAGGUGCUCUCUUCUUCUGUAUACUGUGCAUCCAUCGUCAUUCCCACCAUCAUCACCAUCAUCUGUAGCCAUGUCGGACUCGGAGGAUAUGACGGAGUUCGCCAGCAUCGUGGAGCGGAUCGUGAGGGGCGAGGUCCCAAUCAAGAACAUAGAGAGGGAGCUGAUCUGCCCAAUCUGCAAGGAGCUCUUCACCCAUCCGCUGAUCCUGCCCUGCCAGCACAGCGUCUGCCACAAAUGUGUGAGAGAGCUGCUCAUGUUGAACCACGAGGACUCUUUUGAUGCUGGUUCUGAGUGCUCCCUACCGGGCAGCCCCAGGUCCAGGGUGCCCUCCCCCUCAAUGGAGAGGCUGGAUAGGCUUGUGAGAUCAGGUCCUCGGAAACGGAGCGGAAAUACUGGCUUGCAAACAGAGAUAAAUCCAGCACUCCUCGCUUCCCCUGUCCCUCAAAAACGUUCCAUCUCCUCUCCGGGAUGGCGUAGAGGAUCUGUGACUCCCCGGGUCACCGCCAUCCCGUGCCCAGGCUGCCAGCAUGACAUAGAUCUGGGCGAACGCGGCAUCAGCAUGUUGUUCCGAAACUUCACCCUGGAGAGCAUCGUGGAGCGCUACCGGCAGGCUGCCCGCGCAGCCGUCGCCAUCAUGUGCAACAUCUGCAAGCCUCCACAGCAGGAGGCAACAAAGAGCUGCAUGGACUGCAAGGCGAGCUACUGUAACGAGUGUUUCAAGCUGCACCACCCCUGGGGCACACCCAAAGCCCAGCACGAGUAUGUUGGUCCCACUACGAAUUUUAGGCCCAAGGUUCUCAUGUGCCCAGAGCACGAGAUGGAGAAGGUGAACAUGUACUGUGAGGUCUGCAGGCGUCCCGUGUGUCACUUGUGCAAGCUUGGAGGAUCCCAUGCUAACCACAAAGUCACCUCCAUGAGCAGUGCUUACAAGAUCCUCAAGGAGAAGCUGGCCAAGAGUAUCCACUACCUCAUCAGCAAAGAGGACCAGGUCAGGACUCAGAUUACUGAGCUUGAGGUGCUCAUCAAUAAGACUGAGGAAAAUGGCCAGUUAGCAGAGCGUCAAGCCAACGAGCACUUUGAGCGUCUGUUUGAGACUCUGCAAGAGAGAAAAUCUGAGAUGCUGAGGUCAAUCGAGCAGUCUCGUAACCGUCGCAUGGAGCAGCUCAGAGGCCAGCAGGAGCACAUGGAAAGGAUCCAGAAAGCCACAGAGUCUCUGAGGACCUUUCACCCUGCAGCUGACCCCUGCUUUGAUGAGUUUGUCCUGGACACGUCCAGAGAAGAAAUGCUGCUUAAAGAGAUGUGCUUUGGUGGAGUUCCAGACCCACCUCUGAUUGACCUGUCCAAUAGCAGAGUCUAUAAUGAGGCCUCAAUCUGCUGGAGGCUCUCUGAUGACCACCUACCUACUGAUCACCACAUGCUUGAGUACCGCAGACUUGGAGGCCCAGGUCAGUCCCCAUCCCAGGAAGACGGCGAGGACAAUGGUGUCUGGAGGGCCACAGACAGAGUGUACGGCCCCAGCACCGUGGUGUGUGACCUGGAGCCUGACAGUCUGUACUCCUUCAGAGUACGAAGCUGCAGGAACUCCAUGUUCAGCCCCUACAGUCCUGAGGUCACCUUCCACACGCCACCUGCACCCGUGUUUGGUUUCCUGUUCAGUGACAAGUGUGGAUUCAGCACGGAGAGGCUCAUUCUAAAUAAGAGACGGGAUACUGUGGAGAGCGUAGCCGGCAUGGCCUUCCUGCUCGCAGCCGAACGUGUGCAGACAGGCAGCUACAUCGGACUAGAUUACAUAAUUGGGGACACGGGCAUCUCUCAGGGAAGACAUUACUGGGCCUUUAAGGUGGAACCAUACUCCUACAUGGUUAAAGUUGGCGUGGCCUCUGACACAAAGCUGAUUGAAUGGUUUCACAAUCCGAGAGAUACCAGCAGCCCAAGGUAUGACCACGACAGCGGCCACGACAGCGGCAGUGAAGAUGCGUGCUAUGAGCUCUCCCAGCCCUUCACCCUCGUCACCUUGGGCAUGGGCAAACUCAUCAUCCCGAAGGCUUCUUCAUCGUCUAGCUCUUCCACAGCAAACGCACAGUCAGCUGACCCCGGCAGCCGCAUGCUUCCUAUGCCCCAGCGCUUGGGCGUAUGCCUUGAUUAUGACGCGUGCCGAGUGUAUUUUUACGACGCCGACACCAUGAGGUGCCUUUACGAGAGGCAGGUGGAUUGUUCGGGAACAAUGUAUCCGGCUUUUGGCCUCAUGGGCAGCGGCAAGGUUCAGCUGGAAGAGUUCCUAGCCAGUAAGAGACUGGCCUUCUAAGGAGUGCAUUAAGCCUGGAAUCCAUUUCAUCUUUAGUGUGUUCUGGGAAGAGCAGGUUUUAUUGACAGGGUGAUGGAAUACAAUUCAGACCAUUUUUGAAGGUCAAAUCAGGCAGAUGUGAUUAGGGCACUUGGUCCUAAUGUAGAAAUGGGAUCCCUGCCAGGGACUGGCCCUUUUUUUUCCCCCCAGUAUUGGCAUGUAUAAUGUAUUACCCACACUAAGAUAAUGACGCUGAAUAUCAGUGUCCGCAUACAGAGGUCUUCGGUAGUCCGUAUAGAUGUAAAAGGUCUUCUCUAUAUACCAAAGUCUCUGGAUCUGGUAAUUGUAUUGGACCUGGUUUUAUGAUGAACUGCUCAAACUGAGUCUUUUAACAUUAAACGCCUUCGAUCUUCCUUUCCUUAUUUUUUUUUCUUUUUUCAGGUUUUGAUUUAAAUAAUGUUUGUUUCAAUUAGUGGGUGGUUUGUAUUUGCUUGUUUUCUGUAACCAUUUACGUUAAGGUAGCAGCAUAGGUGUAGAUAUAUUCUUAGUGGACCUGAGAGCCUUGUAGCUAACUGAAGCUAACGCCUUUGUGCCUUUUUUGUUUUUUGUUUUUUUGGAAAUGGAUGAAUUAGUUCUCUCUAGCAACCAGAUGUUGACAUUAAAUACUGGAUGUGAGGAAUUAGUGUAGGUACAGAGGUACAGUUGGAUCAGACACUGGCCUCAUAGAUAUUAGGACUUAUUUACUCUUUGUCACAAACGCUACUCCUCCUCACACUUGUUUAGCUGUUUUUGCACAAUAAAAUGAGUCUUGCACAAUAAAUUUUAGUCUUUACAGCUGGAUCACUACUUAGUUAGCGUAAACGUUGCCGAUAUACAGCUAUCAGUACACUCUCACAGCUACCUUCACUAACAGAUAUAAACCCUGGAGUAUUUACUGUGAUUUGAGACUUUUUGUGUUGCCUGUUUUUGUCUUUUUGCUUUCACUUCUGUUGCACAGCACAAUUUGACUUUAAACACCAUAAAACUGUCAAGGUAUCAGAACACCAGGUGCUUACUGUUUGAUAGCUGCAAAGUCACAAAUGGCUCUUCACCACUGAUGCAGUGCCAGUUCUACUUUGGUGCUCUUGAGAACCAGCAUAAGCUUUGACAGGUUUGAUGCAAAUGUUGCAUGGCAUUACAUAAAAGUUGGGGGUCUUUUUUUCAGCCUACAUCUGUGAAUCACCUAACUUUCUUGCAGUAGUGCCUUUUGUAGCCACUUACUAUGGAUCCAAACUUGGGGCUAGCUUUUAGGACCCAGUAGUGCUGUCUAACUCAAAGGCAUGGAGCUAGUUGUAGACUAGGCACUGCUUUGGUGGAAAUAAAGCAUAUUAGCCAAAGCUAUUUUUGGUUCUGGUGCUGACUUGAUUGCAACCCACAUCUUUGUGGCCUCACAGCCUUUAGUUUCAGAAAAAAAAAAAAAACAGACCUAACUCUUCAGGUUCUUACAAAAAGUGCUAUCACAAAUUACACUGUUUAGUAGCUAUGCUGUCAAAACCUUGCAAGUGUAGCAUGUGUCGCUAUCAGACGCCAGAGUGGCUGAUUGGUUUUGAUUGAAUCGGCUUCGAAUUGUUUUUUCUUUUCUUUUUUCAAAGAGCACACUAGACUGUUCAAUAGGAAACCACAUUUGUUUUUUGUAUACACGCAUACUGUAUGUGGUUGCACCUGGGUGUGCUUGUACAUGUGUAUAUAUUUUGAUUUCUGGAGGGUUAGGGUCAUCGGUGUGUGUGUGCGUUUUCUCAGGUUUCUGGCCUCGAUUGAGGCUCAAUGCUACCUACCUCUGUCCAUCAGGCCUGGAAAACCUUAACUACUGUACCUUUCCUUACAGAAACUACUUUGAUUUGAUUUACAGCUGUCCACCUAACAGUGCAGUAUCUGCCUUCUCUUUCAUGUCACGUAAUAAGCUGAUUGCUUGUGUUUGCUUUUUAAUUCCAUGUACAGUUUAAUCCGGAGUAUAUUAUUUUGGGUGAAAUAAAGUACACAAAUGUUCAUAUAAUCGGUUGGUGUUUUGCUUGUAGAUCACUUUUAAUGGAAAUUACUGUAAGCAGAUGUUACCUGGUUCAGUUGCCUUUUUUGGGAGACAUUCUUGUUUUGGGUCUUAAAAACAUGAAAUUUGCUCUAAAUUUUAUCUGGAUAGAAAUUUUUAGUCUCAAGGUGAAAUAUUUAAUUUCUCUUAUGGUGCGAAGUUUUUUAUUUUUAUUUUUUUAAAUUCUCCCCCCUUACAUGUUUGUUUUCACUUGAGUCCUCAACAUCUUUGUAAAACACUUCUAUGCAUUUAUGAAUUGGCAUUUUAUGUUUUAUUUCCAUCACAGAAUGUAUUCUUAAUCACAGAACAAACUGAAUGUCUUCAGGUUCUUAAUUUUUCCUGAGUAUGUAGUUGUUCCACUUGAGGGUCACAGCACACUCAUGUAGUUUAUAGCAUCCUGAUACAAGACCUGUAAUCGCAAUACCACAGCUGACUCUACAUUAAACUGCAUCCUAAAUAAGGUUUUGUUUUCGUUUUGUUCUUUUUGCUUACAAAUUUAGAACAAAAUAUUUUUCAAGGCUGGCUCUCAAUCUAAUUCCAAGCUAGCACUUUAAAAAUCUGUAGCAUGUCAGCAAAUGUUUGGCUCUGCAGGUGUGUGUGUGUAAUGGGUGUGCAAUAUUAUUACUGAAUGGGCUGCAGAACUGAAGAGAACACUGAAAUUUGCACUGCUAACAUUUUCUAGGUUACUUUUCUGGUUUUAAAAAAUUGGGCUUUAGCUUGAUGCAAAGUAAAUGUUGAAACUUUCUUUUGUAAGUGCAACACUGAGAUUUUCUAUCCUGUAUAUCGGUAACAGUGCAUUACUUUAGAGAACUGUAUGUGGUGUGUAAAUGGUGGAUUUCUGUGUGUACCACGUUAAAGAUUUGUCAGUAUACUUUGCUCUGAUUCAUGUAAAGGCUACACUUUAAUUUCUUGUGUGGGGAUUUUAUGAAAUAAAGGUAGUGUUUUUAAAAGCA